UUGGCGCGUAAUUCUCCAAUCAACGCAAGACAAGACUUGAAUGUUGUGCACACUUUUGAUACCAGAGAAUCGUGCUCAUCAAGGUAAAGGUUUAGGGUUUGGAAGAUGAAAAAUGAAAAAUGGAAAUAUCAGCUAUAGGAAAAUUUUUACAAAAUGCUAUCACAACUUAACUUCAGAACCUAAACAUUCAAAUUGAAUAUUACAGAUGCCGUGGAACAUGCAAUCAACAACACUCCGAAGAUAUGAUGAUGCCACGAUGGUAUUGCCCUCAACAGGUAAUUGAUAUGUUUAGGAUGAAAUUUGGAGCGGGAUUUUAUUUUGGAUCUCAUGAUCAAGAAGAAGAGGGGCCAUAACUUCUAACCGUUCUAUAGGUCCUCGAGUGGAAAAAUUUUCAAAUUUUAAAUUGAGAGGACCUUAAAUAGGAACCCCUAAAUCUACUGAUAUUUUUCUAGGAAGAAGAAAACACGGACAUUGAAGAAGAAGAUCGAACAACAUUUGGUGGGAAAAUGCUUAUAAUUGUGCCAUGUGUGAUUUUUGGAUCCCUAUUCGUCCUAUUUUUCUGCGUCUCUGCAAUGCAACGACUCUGCCGAAGUGACUAUUAG